AUGGUCAAGCAGCUGAUGGGCGAACAUCUCAAAGAUGCCGAUCCGGAAAUCUACGAGAUCCUACAACGAGAAAUCAAAAGACAACAGCACUUUAUCAACUUGAUUCCAUCCGAGAACUUCACCUCUCAAGCAGUACUGGAUGCCCUCGGAAGUGUCAUGCAGAACAAGUAUUCGGAAGGCUAUCCUGGAGCACGCUACUACGGCGGCAACGAGCACAUUGAUGAAUCCGAGCGUCUCUGCCAGUCUCGAGCUCUCGAGACAUACAGACUAGACCCCGAACAAUGGGGCGUCAACGUCCAACCCCUCUCCGGGUCCCCGGCAAAUCUCUACGCGUAUUCGGCUCUCCUCAACUCUCACGAGAGGAUCAUGGGUCUCGACCUGCCCCACGGCGGCCACCUGUCGCACGGUUACCAGAUCCCGAGCAAGAAAAUCUCCAUGAUCUCCAAAUACUUUGAAACGUUUCCGUACCGGCUCGACGAGUCGACAGGCCUGAUCGACUACGACCGUCUCCACGAGAACGCGACGCUGUACCGGCCCAAGAUCAUCGUGGCCGGCACGUCGGCCUACAGUCGGUUGAUCGACUACGAGCGCAUGCGGGCCAUCGCCGACGACGUGGGCGCGUACCUCCUCUCGGACAUGGCGCACAUCUCGGGUCUAGUGGCGGCCGACGUGAUCCCCAGCCCGUUCGCGUACUCGGACGUGGUGACGACGACGACUCACAAGUCCCUACGCGGACCCCGCGGCGCCAUGAUCUUCUACCGCAAGGGCGUGCGGCGCACGACCAAAAAGGGCGACAAGGAGCUGUACGACCUCGAGAACCCGAUCAACGCGUCGGUGUUCCCUGGUCACCAGGGCGGGCCGCACAACCACACCAUCACGGCGCUCGCCGUGGCGUUGAAGCAGGCCCAGUCCGCCUCGUUCCGAGAGUACCAGCAGACGGUGCUCGCCAACGCAAAGGCCCUCGCCGACCGCCUCGGCGGGUCCGGGCUCGGCUACAACAUCGUCAGCGGCGGGACCGACAACCACCUCGUGCUCGUCGAUCUCAAGAGCAAGGGCAUCGACGGCGCCCGCGUCGAGCGCGUCCUCGAACUCUGCGGCGUCGCCUCCAACAAGAACACGGUCCCCGGCGACAAGUCGGCCCUGAAGCCCGGGGGCUUGAGGAUGGGAUCCCCCGCCAUGACGACGCGCGGGUUCCAGCCCAACGACUUCACGCGCGUGGCCGAGAUUGUCGACAGCGCAGUCGGCAUCGCCGUCAAGGUCGACAAGAACGCCCGCGCAGACGCACAGGCCCAGGGCAAGAAGAACCCCGGCGCCGUCAAGAGCUUUUUGGACUAUCUCAGAGACGGCACCGACGUACCUGAGAUUCUGACCUUGAGACAAGAGGUCGAGGAUUGGGUUGGUACUUUUGCUCAGCCUUGGAUCAAGGAGUGA